AUGUUCUCGAGAUCGAUGCAGGCGUUGUUGAUCCGCCGGCCACCGUUUGCCAGCUUCUUCAAGGCGGUAAGUGUGCCGCUCAAAACUACGAAGCCGCCGCUGCGGAUGAAGGCUGCUGGCAUCUUGUGGCGCAAGACAGCACCGCAGUACGGCAGCCGCUUUUCUGCACCGCGGGUGGCGGCGGCGCUGCAGGUCUACCGCAAAGAAGCCCCGUUGAUCAACCGCCAAGUGCGGAUGACUGCAAGGCCUGGACGAAGGUCGGCCGCAGCAGCGUCCCAGCGAAAGCUCGUGCGCCCAACGGAUACGAAACUCAAAGCUAUUCGUGUAAAGCGACGGCAACAGCACAAGAAAAAAGCCGCUACGCCCUUUGCUGCUUUCCGUGCCGAGGUGAUGCGACGCACCAAGCUUCCGUCCACAGAGGCAAGCCGCAAGCGCGUGCUUCGCAUGUGGGUCAUGACAGGUCAGCAGCGCUCGCUCUCUGCGCCGAAGCGUGUUGAGAUGGCUGUGCGAUUGCUGAACAAGAACCGGAAACACACGAAGAGACUUUCCAGGAAGAUGAGCAGGAAGAUCGCCAAGCGCCGGUCGAAGCACGCCGACCACAGGAGCGCAAAGAGGCCGGCAAGGCGCAGCAGCCACAAGUUGGCAACAUCGACGAAGUUCCGCAUAGCGUCCGGGAAGACGAAAAGGGGGCUGAGAGUGAGGCCCUCUCGCAAGGCCACAGCACUAAAGCUGAAAAGCGUGCCCAGCAAACGCGGAGCACGUAGGGUGCCUAAGAAAUUAGCUUCACCCAAAUUGCACCUUGCGAGGAACGCGGCCGCAAAGCCGUCGGCGUCCAAGAAAAAGGCGGCAGGCAGGUCAAAGGUGCCCAAGCUGCGUGCCUCUCGCAAAACUGCUGCCUCGAAGCGGAGGGCUCGGAAGACGUUCAGGGCCACUUCGAGAAGGUCAAAGCUGCAGCGUACUGUCGCCAAGAGGAGAACCAGCGCAGCUCGUCACCGCCGAAACCCCUACCUCCGGUUUUACCGUUACAUGCGCUUGACUGGGCUGAUUCCAAAUCAUCCCAAGAUCCUGGGUUCUCGCCAGAUCAAGGCGCUGUGGGCAGAGACGCACGCCCUCAAGGGUCUGAAUCGCCGCAUAGCGCGCGCAACGGAACUUCUGGAGAAGCGGACGGGGCUGAAGUCGAUGGUUAGUCCACCUUCUGUGAGGAGGCCAGCUCGCAAGGACCAGAGCUCCAGGCGCCGCGUGUCGCUCCCCUCACCAGCGCCGGCGGCACGCAAGGAUUUGAAUCUCCUGACGCUCAAACAGAGUGAUAUCAAGGUGCCUCGGUAUUAUAGACGCAACCCCUUUGGCGCCACCUACGCGGCGCUGCUUCCUGUGCUGCGCGACAUUCCCAGCUCGACCCGGAUGUCGAAGGUCGCUAAGGCCUGGACGCACACCUCCAUGAAGGACGACAAGCGCAGCGCAAAGGCGCGUAUUGCUGCGGUGGCAGAGGCAAUGAGGAGCUGA